CUUAAAUUUUUUUUUUCAUUUGUACUGCCCAAUGUCAAAAUGGAGCUGUAACUUGUAGUUCAUUCUGAUUUAAAUGAUGCUUAGGAUUAGACAUUAGAUUCAUUUUAGUAAAAGUCGUAGGAAGGAAAGUAUCACUUUCCAGGAAACCAUCAUUGUCUUAAAUGUAAUGGCAUACGUACAACAGUAUUCCAGGUAAUUUUAUCGAAUUACUCAAUUUUAUUCAUAUUUAAACCCCUUAAAUUUUUGUUCCAUGUGUACUGUCCAAUGGAGCUGUAGUAUAUUCUGGUUUAAACGAUACUAACAAUUAGGCAUUACAUGGUACCUUAUGCACUGAUCCAGAAAUGGAGAUUAAUCAUGCCCAAGAACCUAUACAUGAAGAUUUGAAUGAGCCUAUGGAAAUAGAGGAAUUCCAGGGAACUUCUCUAGUUGUAAAUAAUGAGGAGAGGCAUGUUAUUGAAAAUUCGAAUGAGCCUAUGGAAAUAGAGGAAUUCCAGGGAACUUCUCAAGUUGUGAAUAAUGAGGAGAGGCCUGUUAUUGAAAGUCGUGGAAAAUCAUUGUUGAGGCAACUUAGAGUUUCGAAAUAUAACUUGUCUCAACGAGAAAGGAUUUUGUUCAAUCUUUUGAAGAAAACUAAACAUAGAUAUAACAUGGUCUCCAAUAAGUUCAACAAGUUCAAGAAUAGGAUGAAUGAGGCGAAAAAAUUUACGGAGAGUAAUUUAUUUGGAAAAUUGGCUACCUCUGUCAACCAGGUAACCUUGGAUUUUUUUGCCAGUCAAAUAAGGAAUCAAAGGCGGCAAUUAAAUGCAAGGAGAUUCUCAGUUGAUGAAAAAAUUCUAGCUUUAGCAUUAUAUAAAUCAUCUCCCAAAGGAUAUCGCCUGUUGAGUAAAAUGUUUGCAUUACCAACAGGUGCUACUCUGAGGAGAUUAUUGCUAAAGCUAGAAUUUAAACCUGGUGUGAAUGCUCAUAUUAUGGAGCACCUUAAAAAGGUUGUUUAUAAGAUGAAUGCAAAAGAAAGAUUUUGUGCACUCAUAUUUGAUGAAAUGAGUGUACAAACUUUCAUCUCCUAUAGUCCUUAUAAAGACGAAAUUGUUGGCUUCGAGGACUAUGGAGAUGAAAAAAAGGCUGUUAUAGCCGAUCAUGCCAAUGUUUUUUUUAUAAAAGGUUUGUACAAGUCUUAUAAACAACCUUUGGCAUUCACAUUCAGCAGAGGAGCCAUUAAUUCAUAUAAAUUGAAAUUCCUAAUAAAAUUACUCGUAAAAGAAUUAGAAUUAAUUGGGUUGGAUGUUGUGGUCACAAUUUGUGAUCAGGGCACCACCAACACAAAGGCAGUGCAAAUGCUGCUUCAGGAAGGAAGACAGGAACAUGUGAAUCAUGACCAUUUUGGUUUUUUUGUGGACAACAAAGAGAUUGUUCCUUUAUUUGAUACUCCUCACCUAAUUAAAGGUUUAAGGAACAAUCUCUUGACAAAAGAUGCACAUUUUUUAUUAGACGAUGUCCCAAAAAAAGCAAAAUGGAGCCAUAUCAUACAGUUUUAUAAUUUGGACAUAUCUGACCCAUCAACGAAGAUAUGUGCCAAAUUAACUGAUUCACAUGUUCUGCCUGAAAAAAUUAAUAAAAUGAAGGUGAAGCUGUGCACACAAGUGUUCAGCAACACUGUAGGAAGUUUAAUGAAAAGAAUUUCUGAAUGGGAUAUUAAAUACAAAUGCAGUUUACCUUCUGAAGCAGCAGACACUGCCGAAUUAAUUUUAUUUCUGGAUAAAUUAUUCGAUUCUCUCAAUGUAUCGAAGAUUCGAAAUACACAGGGUAAGUUUUUGAAGGAACCAAUAACCACAAAAUCGGAACAUGAAAUAUUUUGGAAAAAAUCAAUAAAAAUUUUUGAAAACAUGUAUUUCUAUGAUGAAAAAAAACAAAAAAAUGUGGUGGUACCUACCAUAAAAAAUUUUAUUUGGACUUUAAAAGCUUUCGUUUACCUUAAGAGGAGGUUGUUAACUGAAAAAAAUUUCAAGUAUAUCUUGACUGGUGCUUUCAAUCAAGAUUGCCUUGAAAAUUUUUUCAGUUAUAUCCGAGGGCAUGGUGUAAGGAACACUAAUCCAAAUAUUGGCCAGUUUAUGUCCUCUUUCAAAUGCCUUACUUUGAAUAACUCCAUGUCCUCCCAUUCUGUAGGUUCCAACUGUGAAGAGGAUUUAACAUCACAUUGUUUGGAUAAUCUAAAAUCAUUUGUUUUAUCAAAAUUUCCUUUACCUCAAAAUGUUGUGCUUGAUUUAAAUAUAGUUAUUCCGAAAUUAAUAGUCCUUGAACAAAAAUCAAAAUUUAGUAGAUGUACUUUAGUUUAUAUGUGUGGAUUCAUUUGUAAAAUUUUAUUUAAAGAUAAAUUGAUCAAACAAUGUGAUAAGUGUAAAAAAAAUUUAACCUUUAACAGUGAAGAAUUGGGGGACAUGGAUUUUAUUCAGGGACCGGAGACCCUUCUACAAGUGAUUUUAUACCAUCAGAUCAACAUAUAA